AUGAGAUUUUCUGCCUAUUCCACUUGGAUUCCUGCAUAUUCCAGUCAGAUUCCUUCAGAAUUCCUGGAUUCCAGCUGGAAUCUGUGGAAUCCGGUAGGAAACAGUGGAGGAAUGGAAAGUAUUGCCAUUUUUCAGCAAAGAAAGAGUUUGCCAACCGCAUAUACGGCCUGGCUGCAGCUGAUGGUUGCCCAUUUUGAUGCCGUCGAAAUCAUCGUGGAAUAUAUGCAGAAACACCAGUGCCACACAGUCUCUGUCGACAUUCUGGUUGCUCCAGCGGCUCACAAAAGCAUGCUCCUGUGGCGGGAUCUCUUUUUGGGUAAUCAUCUUCCAAAUACGGGUAUGACUGGAGACUUUCCCUCCCAAGAUGACAUCCGUCAGUUCUUGGAGGAGGGUGUGACGAGAGCAGCAGCCGCAAACUUCGACCUUGCUUUGGCCAACACUGCCUGCUAA